CUGCAGUUGGUAAUCCUUUCUAACAAAAUAUUUAGCACGUGUAGAGUCAAAUUGACGUCUGCGUGUGAAUAAAAAAAAAUGCGUAUUGAAACGUGUUAUUUUUGUUCGUCCAGGAUAUAUCCUGGACAUGGAAUUCAGUUCGUAAGAAAUGACUGCAAAAUAUUCAAAUUCUGUCGCUCCAAAUGUCAUGCUGCGUUUAAAAAGAAGAAGAACCCACGUAAAGUUAAAUGGACUAAAGCGUACAGGAAAACAGUGGGCAAGGAAUUGGCGAUUGACCCAUCCUUUGAAUUUGAAGCACGUCGUCACACUCCACUUAAAUACGACAGACAGACCUGGACCAAGGCAAUUGAAGCUAUGAAGAAGGUUGAAGGAAUAAAACAAAAAAGACAAAGAGCGUUUGUCAUGCAAAGGCUUCGUAAAGGCAGAGAACUUGAAACUGAGAGGGAUGUUAAAGAAGUUCAAAGAGAUUUAUCUCUUAUCAGGUCUCCAGCUGCUGGACUUAAAGGAAGAAAGCAAGAAGAAGAGAUGCAUGAAGGAAUGGAGGAGUCUGGUGAAGAGAUGGAAGGAGUUGUUGAGGAUGGAGGUGAAGUUACAUUGUAGGUUUAGGUCCCAUUGUAUUAUAAGUAAAAAUUUUAAUUAUACCUUAUUGGUUUUUAUUUGAAGACUGUUAAUAAAUCAUAAUACAAUAGAUAGGUAAGUAGAAGGGCAUGUAGUAAUAUGUAAUCAGAGAAGCUAAAAGUUCAUAAUGUUCAUGUUUUGUUCAAUCUUGCUUUGUGUUGAGUUUAUUAAAGGACUUUUCAAA